AUGUCCAUGAAUCGUUCAUCAUCAUCAUCGGAUCAAGAACAAUUUAUUGUCUUUGAAGAAGUUCCACUCUCACAAAUUGCUCCAAAAUUCACCACUCCAUUCAAUCAAGAAACCACCAUCGGAAUUGUUACUAUUAACAAGCCAGAAAAGAUGAAUGCACUCUGUGUUAAAACUGCUCAACAAUUUAGAGAUCUUUUCACAAGUGAUAAAAUUAUGAAAAACAAGAAUUUGGGAUGUAUUGUCUUGACAGGUGCUCCAUCUAAAACUCCUGGUGUUAAAUCUGCUUUCAGUGCAGGUGGUGAUUUUGAUUUCUUAUUGGAACGUUGUAAUGAUCAACCAUAUAAUAAUUCUGGAAGAAUGAUUCAAUUUUAUAAUUCAUUCUUGGAACCACUUUUGAAAUUCUCUCCAGUUCCAACCAUUUCUGCUUUGAAUGGACAUGCUGUAGGUGCUGGUUUGGCCAUCAGUUUGGCCACAGAUGUCAGAUUUGCUGAAACAAGUGCCAAACUUGGUGUCAACUUUGUAAAUAUUGGUUUAUCACCAGCUCUCGAAAUUGGAAUGGUCUAUGAAGUUGUCGAAGGUGAAGAUAAACUCAGAGAAAAGGCAUUGGACUAUGCAGCUCGUAUUGCAAGAAAUCCUCCAAUUGCAACCAAAUUAUGUUUAAAGAAUUUGAGAAUGCAACAAAUUCAAGGUCUUGAACAAAUGAUCACCAGAGAAGCUGAUGCUCAAGCUCAAGCCUAUGCUGAUCCGAUUCUUAAGGAAACUAUUACCAAUUUGAAGAAAAAGUCUGAAAAGAAGUAA